GGCGAACAGCGAUUGUAUCGCUACGUACGAUUUUAUUUUCCGUUACGUGCUCGCUCGGUUCUCGGCUUAGCUACGAUGAGCUAACUCUUGGAUUUGCGCUAAUCAAAUAAUAUUUUUACCGUGAUAAUUAAUUCUUCCAACAUGUUUUAAGAACAAUAAAUUAAUAGUGUGGUGUGAAGUGAUAGUGAUAACAUUGUCAAGCUCAGCUGGUCGUGACGACGAGCGGUAAAAUCUCUCGAGGUUUUUCUUUUGAUUACGGAAAGCAUUUUUUGUGCUCUAUUUCUUCAAGGUAUGCCGUUAUAUUUUUCUUCUUUAAGAUUUAUGUAACCAACUCUUUCACUUGGCUAUUUAUUUAGCUUUAUUUAAAACUUGUUUUGGGUUUAGGGCCAGCGUGUUUUUGCGCGAUUAUUUGCGUUUUGUAGAUAAAUUGCAUUACUUGACAAAUAUUACGGAUUCGGAUAUUUGCCAUUAUUUACCACAUUUCACAUUGGCCGUGAUCCAGAUAGUGCGUCCGUGUUAUUGCGCGGGAACUUGCGAUAUUUAUAGUUUAAUGGUCACACGAUGACUUGAAACGCGUGUAACACCGUUAAUAUCUUCUAGUAUUUUUGCAGACAACUUUGAUGUUGUUACGUUCGGUCAAAACAAUGGGAUCAUUAUAAAAAAAAUUGUGAAGUGCCUAAAAAGUAGUGAAAAAAAAGAAUGAGUGAAGUACAAGAAGCAGCGCCGAUGAACACAUCAGCGUCGUCACCAGCUGCAGCCACACCUGCAGUCUCUUCGUCAUCAGAAACUCUAUCAUCAGUCACCACUUCAGCAUCAGCGCGGCCCUCAUCACUGCCCAAGCCUUCUGGCCUGAAGCCGCCGAGCAAGAUUGGAAGACUAUGCUCCAACUCAGCCCCCAAACCAGCAGUGCCCAUCUCUCCUAGAACUGACGGCAGUUCCACGGACACUCUGAGGAAGCUCAGCGACGAUUCUAGAAAACAUUUGUCAGACCUUAUUGAAGCUGACGAAGACGAGGUGUCCAGCAGUCUGCCCGACAGGCCACGCUCUCACCGUAAGGCCUCCACCAGCAGCACGUACAGCAUCACCUCGAUGGACGCGCUUUGGGAGAAGCACCCGCGGCGCCUCAGCGAGGCGGGCCUUAGGAGGUCCUCAGAUCACAGUGUCAUAUUGACGGAGGACACCGACAGUUUCAUUAUCGGCGAGCGCGUUUGGGUGGGAGGCACUAAGCCUGGCCAAAUCGCUUACAUUGGCGAAACACAGUUCGCUCCCGGAGAAUGGGCAGGAAUCGUGCUCGAUGACCCUAUUGGGAAAAACGAUGGUUCCGUAGCAGGAGUGCGAUACUUUCAGUGUGCGGAAAAGCGCGGAGUUUUCUCCCGCUUGACGCGGCUGACGCGCGUGCCGCUGAUCACGCACGCGCCGCACGAUGCGUCGCCGGCGUCGGACGCGGGCAGCGUGUUCGAGCGCCCGCCCUCCGGCGCCGCCCGCCCGCGCCGCACGCUCUCGCCCAACGGCAGCGUGCGCAGCUUCGUCAGCAGUAAAAUGAACGCUUCGAUUUCGACAACGACCAAUGGAGAACUUCGACUUGGCGAUCGCGUCAUUGUCUCGAGCAGUAGAGGUAGCAAAGCCGGUACUCUGCGCUUCGUUGGAACCACAGAUUUUGCUACUGGUGUGUGGGCGGGGGUCGAACUGGACGAUCCCCUGGGAAAGAACGAUGGAUCCGUGGACGGAAAGAGGUACUUCGAGUGCGCCCACCGCUUCGGGCUGUUCGCGCCAAUCGCGAAAGUGUCCCGAUCGCCGUCGAACCGCAAACCGGGCGCGUGCGCCAUCCACAGCAACGGUCGGGCGACGCCUCUGCGGCGCUCGAACUCGCGCGAGUCGCUCACGUCCCUCGGCACGUCCAUCGCGUCGUCCCGCGCGGGGGUGAGGCUCGGGGUGACGUCGCUCGGCGCUCAGCGAGUCGGUGGUCCUCGCGCCUCAUCCACCCCGGUCUCCGCGAAGAACGCCCUACAGGAACUACUCCGAGAGAAGCAGCAUCAUCUGGAGCGGCUAAUGAGAGAGCGGGAGCUGGAGCGAGCUGAGGUCGCGAAGGUGUCUCUACAAGCAGACCGCGCGGAGAGCGCGCUCGCUCAGCUCAAGAAGGAAGCCUCAGAGGUAGAGUACCACUCAAAUAGUUUGAACUAUAGAGCUCUUGUUAGUUGGGUGAUGCUGGAGCGAGCUGAGGUCGCGAAGGUGUCUCUACAAGCAGACCGCGCGGAGAGCGCGCUCGCUCAGCUCAAGAAGGAAGCCUCAGAGGUAGAGUACCACUCAAAUAGUUUGAACUAUAGAGCUCUUGUUAGUUGGGUGAUGCUGGAGCGAGCUGAGGUCGCGAAGGUGUCUCUACAAGCAGACCGCGCGGAGAGCGCGCUCGCUCAGCUCAAGAAGGAAGCCUCAGAGGUAGAGUACCACUCAAAUAGUUUGAACUAUAGAGCUCUUGUUAGUUGGGUGAUGCUGGAGCGAGCUGAGGUCGCGAAGGUGUCUCUACAAGCAGACCGCGCGGAGAGCGCGCUCGCUCAGCUCAAGAAGGAAGCCUCAGAGGUAGAGUACCACUCAAAUAGUUUGAACUAUAGAGCUCUUGUUAGUUGGGUGAUGCUGGAGCGAGCUGAGGUCGCGAAGGUGUCUCUACAAGCAGACCGCGCGGAGAGCGCGCUCGCUCAGCUCAAGAAGGAAGCCUCAGAGGCGAGCACCGAGAACGAGAAACUGAAAGCCGAACUGAACAGACUGAACAAGCAGCUGGAUGAUGAGAGGCAGAAGGUCGAGGACCUCAUGUUCAGGAAUGAAGAGGAAAACAUCAACAAAGAGGAUUAUAAUCGAUAUAAGGAUGCGAUGGAACAAGAGAAAGCGACGCAUUUGCAACGUAUCCGCGAAUUAGAAGCGGAGGCGGCGCUACAAGCAGCGCGCGCUGAAACUACGGCCUCCGCGCUACACGCACUAGAGGAGCAGCGCCGCGCCGAGACCGCCGCGAUACAGGACCAGCACAAGGAGGAGCUCACGGCCGCCCACACUUUGUCUUCAGAAUUACAAAAACUGUUGGAUGAAGCGUAUGCUUUAUUGAAAGAAAAAGAGCACGAAAAAGAUUCAUUAGGAAAAAGCAUGUCAGAAGAACUAACGAAAGUAAAGACUGACUCAGAAAAAGCGCUAAACGAAGCCAAAACGAAGAUAGCAAUCGCCCAAACGGAAUUCGAAACGCAACUGUCGGUUUUAACAGCGAAGUUGCAACUCGCAGAAUCGAAACUUGAAAAUGAAAAACAGAAUUUAGAAAAACUUAAUAAGGAAAAUGGCCAAACUAUUAUAGAUCUUAAUACUAAGCUUACACAGCUCCAGGCUGCGGUGGAUGAUAAGACACUUGAAUUAAAUAAAGUCAUGGGUGCUAGCAAAGAACACGAAGUUAAUCUAAACAAAGAAAUAACAAAACUGAAAAUGGAACUAAGUGCCAAAGUAUUAGAUUUAGAGCAAUUAGAAGAUUCCAAGCGGAAACAAGAAGCCGCUUGUAAAUUGUUACAAGAAGAAAUAACUCGUGUCAAAGAUGAAUAUACGAACAAAGUGAAUGAAUACGAAUCAUUAUUGAAUGAAGUGUCGCAACAAAAUGAAAAGAAUAAAGUCGAAAUAAUCGAAUUACAAAAAAACCUUUCUUCAAAAACUAAAGAUUAUGAAAGGUUGCUAUCAGAAUCUAACGUCUCAAACAGUUCUACUGAAAAACUUAUAACUGAAUAUAAACAAACUAUUACUGAAAGAGAUAAAGAGAUAAUCAAAUUAAAAGACGAUUAUGAACAAGCUACAGCAAACUUCAAUAUAAAACACAGUAAAAUCGCAGAAGAACACAAAAAAGAAAUCGAUGACCGUAACUCUAAAAUUGAAGAAUUAAUGAACGAAAUAAAAAUUCAUAAACAAGCGUUGGACCAAAGUAAAGUUGAAUUAGAUUCCCUUAAUUCUCAGUUCACUGUAAAUGCUGACGAAUUAAAGGCAUUGAAAGAAGAAAAUGAAAAGUUAAAACAAUUAGUAGCUGAACUGACCCAAAAUAAUAAUGACCUGAAAGCAAAAAUAUCCACCAUGGAAUUGGAGAUCGGUGAACACAAACGUCAACUUGAUAGUAAUAUCGAGAAAUGUAACGAACUCCAAAAAUCCAAAGAAAAGAUUGAAAACGAAUACAUGAACCUCACAGGUCAAGCAACUGAUUCUAAUGAACAGUUUAAUCAAUUAUCUCAACAUUUGAAGGAAACUGAGAAGGAACUCCAAGAACUUAAAGAUAAGCACAGGGAAGCUUCAAAUAAUCAUGGAAGAAUAGAACAAGAACUGAAACAAAAGCUUUUUAAGUUACAAGAAGACUUCUCUGUAGAGCGAGGACAACUGGUAAAAUCUGUUGAUGAACAUCUUGAAAAGGUCAAGCAAUCGGAAAAUAAAAUCAAAGAAAUAGAAACACAAAUGGCAGAAGCGACUAACCGCAUUAAAGACUUGGAAGUUAAUAACGAUAAAUUGCUCGAUGAGAACACAAACAUCAAACAAGAAAUUGAGACCCUAAAACAAAAAGAACAAGAAAUUAACGGAGAAUUCGAAAGCAUACGUAAAAAGCUGGAAGUGGAUAUUGAGAGAUAUAAAGAAGAAAUUAAUAUUUUGAAAGCAGAUGGAGAAUCAUCCGAAGUAAAAUUAAUGGAAAAGGUAGACCAGCUGACAGAAGCGCAAAAUGAUCUUAAUAAUAAAUUGGAGGAAGCUCGAAAGCAUGAAGAUUCCUUACAAAGAAUAUUGGAAGAUAUGACCACACAAUUGAAUAACCAAAAAACUAAAUUUGAAAAAGAAUUAUCUGAAGCCCAAAGUCAAAUAGCUGCUGCUAACCAAGAAACGAAUAAUCUCAAAUCAGAAGAAACUAAACUACAAGGACAGCUAGAAGAAAAACAAAAUGUUAUAAAAGAACUUACAUUGAAACUCGAAAUGCUGGAGGUUGAUAUUAAAUCUAAUUUAGAAAUAGUAAAUGAAAAAGAUCGCCAAUUUGUACAAGUAAAUGAAGAGUUAAAUAAAGUUACAGAAAUUAAGAAACAGUUGGAGGAGAAACUAAAUAAUGUAGUCAUGGAAAGUUCCUCCUUGAAACAGAAGUACGAAAACCUUAUAGCUAAUUCUUCAGCCGAAGAAUCACUAUUAAAGGAUCAAUUGAGUCAGGUAGAAGCACUAAGAAAAGAAAUAACUGUCCUGGUACAAGAUAAAUCGACGUUAGAAGCCAAAUGUACUGAAGGCCUAAAUGAAUUGAACAAGUUAAAAGAAGAACACGAAAGUGCUACCAAGAAACUACAGGAACAUAUUGAUAUUAAUAGUGAAUUGAAGAAAUCUUUAAAUGAAAAGGAAGUUACGUUGAAAUCUCAAAAUGAGAAAAGCGAAACAGAAUCAAAUAAGAUAAAGGUGUUAGAAGAAGAAAUCAGUCAGCUUAGAAAAGAUAUAACUAGCAAAGACGCUUUAGUUGAGGAAAAAGAAGCGCAGCUAAUUAAAGUUAAUAGUUCUUUACAGACGGAAACCAGUGAAACGCAGCAAACUGUAAAAAGGUUACAAGAAGAGAAUGCUCAAAUCAAUGAAAAAUAUAAAAAUGAAGUAGAAUCUCUGAAUAAUUUAACUAAAUCGUUACAAAGCACGCUCGCCGAAAAAGAGAAACAAUUGGACGAAUUGCAAAAAACCAAGGAUAAGGUGACUGAGUUGGAGCAGCUAUUGACGAAGUCUGAGCAAGACAUUAAGCAGUUGUCCAACAUUAAUGACGGACAGAAAUCUAACUACGAAGACCUCAACAAACAGUUGCAGGCGCAGUUUGACGAAUACAAAAAAGAAAGUAAACGAGUUAAGCAUGAUCUCAAAGCCAAAUUGCAUGAAUAUGAGAAAGAGCUAGACGAGUCCAAAGAAAAGUUGAAAGGAGAAAUCACCAAACAAGGUGACCUUCAGUCUAAGCUAAGUGAAGCAGAAAAACAAGUGUUAGAAUUGUCUCAGAAGUUGGAACUGCUCUCAGUCCAGCAGACGUCUGUCGUAGAAAGGGACUCAAAGUUAGAAAAAUUAACUCUCGAGUUACAAGCCACUCGGAAGUCGAGCGCGGAAGCUUUAGCAAAUAGCGAAUCUGUGAUCAACGGCCUAAAGAAUGACAUCGAACACAAACUAAAAGAUUUAAAGCUGAAGGAAGAUAUAAUUAACAGAUUACAGGAAGAGAUCAAGACUAAUAAAGCCAAAGUCGAAAUAGCAGAAAGAGAAAAGGUGUUACUACAGAAGGAACUGGCGUCGAAGGGCAAUGAUAUUAGAGACAAAAAUGAUAACAACGCAAUGGGCGUGUUGGGUCAAGGAGACAAUCCUACGCAAAAGUCCGAAGACAAGGAGAUGCUGGAUGGGCAAGUGAGCUUCCUGAACUCCGUGAUCGUGGACAUGCAGCGCAAGAACGAGCAGCUGAUGGCGCGCGUGCAAGCCCUGGAAGGCGGCUCGCUGGUCAACGACUCGCCUGUCUUUAACGGCCGCAAGCCCCGCGCCGUAGCGCCGCGUCUGUUCUGUGACAUCUGCGAUGUGUUCGACGCCCACGACACCGAGGACUGCCCGCGCCAGGCCGCCGACAGCGACGCGCCGCCGCCAAGCGCCGCCAAAAAGGCGCCACCCGCGCCACGACCCUACUGCGAUAUUUGUGAAGUGUUCGGUCAUGCAACAGAGAACUGUGAUGAAGAAGAAACGUUUUAAGGAUUAUUUAUUAAUCAUUUAGUUUUAAUGUUACCGUUGUUGUUGUUUCUUGUUUCAGUAGGUAUUAAUUAUUUAUUAAUAUUUACCAUUGCAAUAGCAUCAGUUAUUCGCUAGUUUAAUAUUUUAAACAAUGUUUGUAAAUAAGAAGAAUUGAUCUUUUUAUCAUAAAUUAAAUAUUUGCAUGUUAUUUUUAUAGUAAUCAGGUGAAUGGUUUUUAUUUUUUCAUUUGCAUUAUCUGGCAUAAUGCACAUUGAGAAAGAUAUAAUUAUGUAAUCACAUGGCACAAACUGAUCUAUUUCAUCACAAUCAUGUUUUAACCUUAUGUACAAUUUGUACUACAUACUUU